AUGGAUCGACACAAUAUUUCUCACACCUUAGAGAAUACCCUCGAGUUAUCUGAUGUUAAUGAAACUGACCAACCGUCGCCAAGCCAAGUUUUAUUAAUGGGUUCUCAUGAAGUCACUUCAAGAAUUUCGACUCGAGUGCCAUCUACUGGAUAUUAUCAAGUUGCUACCCCAAAAUCGCCACAUGAAUCUACUUUAGAAAAUGAAUUACAGCAUCUGCCAGAUCAUGAUCCUUGUGUGAUUUCUGGAGAUAGUGAAGAGACUGAAAGAUUCAAAUAUGUGACUGCAAAAAAGGAAAUAAUGAAUAAUAUACAUCUUUAUUCCCUGGUAAAUAAUAAGGAAAUGCAAAAUAUACAAUUAGAAUUAGAGAGAGUCAAUGCUAAAAUGACAUUAUUGAAAGAAGUACAUCAAGACAAGAAAUUUAUUGACAAUGUAGAAGAUUACCAAACAAAAGAUAAUGAAAGGAAGAAAUUAGAACUAGAAAGACUGAAAAAUAUUUCAUCAACAUUUAACGAAAAAGAAUCAUCAAUACUUUAUUCAAUGAAUUCAAAUAACCAUAUGAGUAGUCAUAGCAAUAACGUCACACAUCACUAUUAUCAAACUAGAAGUAAAAGCCAAGGUAAUAUCAAUGAGUUACCUCUUCUUAGACCUGCUAAUUCUACUAUAAUGGAUAUGAGGUUGACCGGUUUGAAAUCUAUCCCAAAUGACAUAUCAGCAAAUGAAUCUAAUACAUUUGAUAUUUAUAAAACUUCACCGAGCUUAGAAUCGUUACAAGACAAACAGCAGCAACUAAAUACCCAUCACAAAAGAAAUUAUAGCAGCACAUGUUUGACUAGUAAUAGUGGAUUGGUGGGGAAAACAGAAGAUAAUGAACCAAUUUUCAAAAGAUAUGAUGGAAUAUUGGUUGUAAUAUCAUGCUCUUUUUGUGGAAGAACUGGAUUCUCUUCUGCUCAAGGUAUAGUGAACCAUACUCGACUAAAACAUUCCAAAACUUACUCUAGUCAACCAUUAGCCGUAUUACACAAUCAAACCUUACUUGAGUCUUCGAAACAGAAACCUAAGAUACUAGAACAGUUUAAAUCAUUAGGACUGGAUCCAGCUAAAGAUUAUCUUCCUAACAAAGUUGUGUUACCUAAUUUAGAGAGAAAGAAUAGCUCCAAAAACUCAAACAACAAUCAACUAUUUACGGGUAUCAAUGCUACAAAGAGUAAUGAAAUUUCUACGAAGUAUCUCGGAAUGUUAUACGACGACAAGGAAGAUUUUGAGAAUCUUUUAAGUAUGGUGAAGAAGGCCCCUAAGGAUUUAGAAGUGUUUUUAAAGCAAACAGAAUCUGAAUCUGAGUUAAGCCUCCAAGAAGACUUAAGUGAGAUUGAUGUAAGCAAAAUUGAAAAAGAAGAAGAAGAUGAUGAUGAAGUUACUGGUAUUGGAGAUUUGGAAAAUAGAUCACCAGACUAUACACCUUCAUCUGUUGAUAAUUUAUCGUCUUCUAAUUCCACACCUAAGCCACAAGAAAAUUAUUUAGGUUCAGAUUCUCAAAUUGAGACCGAUGAUAGACAAAAGACACCGGUUGAGUUAGGAAGAAGGUUGCGCAAACGUAAAAAUGAUGAAGAUGAUGUUGCACCUCUAAAGGAAAGACUAAGGGCCUCUAGUAACAAUAUGGAAUCAGAAGGAAUAGCUGUACCAGAAGUGCCAGCACACGAAAAGAGAUCUAUUCAUUACAAUUUACGAGCAAGAUCGAAACUAAAAUCUCAACAUCUAGAAUUAGAUUAG